AGUGUGCCCCCUUACAUUAGGUGUGCCCAUCAGAGUGCUCUUUACAUCAGUUGUCCCCAUCAGAGUGCCCCUUUACAUCAGAUAUCCCCAUCACAUUGCCACCUUACAUCAGAUAUUCCUGUCAGAGUGCCCCCUUGCCCUCAAAGUACUCCUUUCUAUCAUAUUUCCCCAUCAGAGUGCCCCUUUACAUCACAUGUGCCCAUCAGAGUGCCCCUUUCCACAGUAUGUGCCUAUUUGUGCCCCCUUAACAUAAAAUGGGCAGAUCAUAGUGUCCCUUAACAUAAAAUGUGCUCAUCAGAUUGCCCCUUAACA